AUGUCACCUCCUCAAGGCUAUUCUAAAUUGGCUCAUUUGAUGGUCGACGAGGACUAUCUCAUAUUCCGGCAGUUCAAGGUUCAAUCAAGCCGCGAUUUGCUUUUCUUGCAAGCCGAGCUUGUGAAGCUGGAAGAAGAGUACACCGAAAUCUGCCAGCGUGAUCGUAGGAAUUCGGAGAAAGAAUCUGAGCUAUACGAGUUUGACUGGGAACUGGUCAGUACUUCGAAAACCCGGGGCUGUGGAGGAGAGCAGUGGGAUAAGGCUCUAGAAAUUCGGGACAAGCUGAAAGAAUACUAUGAGUCUAUGUCGCGAUUCUCGAAGAUAUUAGGCCGAUCGCCUGCCAGACCACGAGAUGUUGAGAUGCUCAGGGAAUGUAUGCUACGCCCGGACCUGAUAGGUGGGAUUGCGUUUCUCGGAAAGGACUUAGGCCUUCCCGAGAUACCAGUUUACGACAAAGAAAGUAUGCCAGAUCUUAUCACGUUGACUGAUCGAGCGGGAGAGAACGAUCUGUUCACGCGAGUGAUGGCGGGGCCAGUCUUUCACGCUGGAGAAAAACUCUUGCGCCAAUUCAAAGUAAGAAAAACCGUCAGAGCCUCACACAAUGCUCACAACAACCAGAAGCCAAUCCCUUCCGAUGUAGAGAACCCCAGUCAAGAGGGGAACCUCUUUCGAUAUUCCGAUACCCACAUCAAGAAGGCUGUAGACAUUUUUGCCACAAUGCUUGCUUCCACUUCGCCUCUAAUUUCAACGAUAGCUCUGUUCUUCGUGCAGGAUCUAGGGCGCCGUCUUGCCGUACUUUGUGCUUUUACGAUGAUGUUCUCUAUGAGUCUCGCUAUCGUAACCAACGCCAGACGUGUUGAAAUAUUCGCGUGCACCGCCGCAGAGUGCAAAUGGCUAGUUCCAAGUAUGUAG